GCCGCAGCGCGUCGGGAGCGGGCGCGGAGGCCCGAGCCGCGGGACCCGAGCGAAGGCCGCGCCGAGGUCGCAGGGCCCCGCCGGGCCGCUCUAGCCGCCGCCAUGGGCAUCAAAUUUUUAGAAGUUAUCAAACCUUUCUGUGCAGUUCUACCAGAAAUUCAGAAACCUGAAAGGAAAAUCCAGUUUAGAGAGAAGGUACUAUGGACUGCUAUAACUCUCUUCAUCUUCUUAGUAUGUUGUCAGAUACCACUAUUUGGAAUCAUGUCAUCAGAUUCUGCAGAUCCUUUCUACUGGAUGAGAGUUAUUCUUGCAUCCAACAGAGGAACGUUAAUGGAAUUGGGUAUCUCCCCAAUUGUAACAUCUGGUUUGAUUAUGCAGUUGUUAGCUGGAGCCAAAAUCAUUGAAGUUGGAGAUACACCCAAAGAUAGAGCCCUAUUCAAUGGAGCCCAGAAACUAUUUGGUAUGAUCAUUACCAUUGGGCAAGCCAUUGUGUAUGUUAUGACGGGCAUGUAUGGGGAUCCCGCUGAAAUGGGUGCUGGAAUCUGUCUCCUUAUCAUCAUUCAGUUGUUUGUUGCUGGUUUGAUUGUGCUGCUGUUAGAUGAGCUGCUACAGAAGGGUUACGGCUUGGGGUCUGGGAUUUCCCUCUUUAUUGCCACCAACAUCUGUGAAACCAUUGUCUGGAAGGCCUUUAGUCCCACUACCAUUAACACUGGCAGAGGUACCGAGUUUGAGGGUGCAGUCAUAGCUCUCUUUCAUUUACUGGCCACCAGGACAGACAAAGUUCGAGCUCUAAGGGAGGCUUUCUAUCGUCAGAAUUUACCCAAUCUCAUGAACCUCAUUGCUACAGUUUUCGUGUUUGCUGUUGUUAUAUAUUUUCAGGGAUUUCGUGUGGACCUGCCCAUUAAGUCGGCCCGGUACCGAGGGCAGUACAGCAGCUACCCCAUCAAGCUCUUCUACACCUCCAACAUCCCCAUCAUCCUGCAGUCGGCCCUGGUUUCCAACCUGUAUGUUAUUUCCCAGAUGCUGUCAGUUCGAUUUAGUGGCAACUUUUUAGUAAAUUUACUAGGACAGUGGGCUGACGUUAGUGGGGGAGGACCUGCUCGUUCUUACCCAGUGGGGGGCCUUUGUUACUACCUUUCUCCUCCUGAGUCCAUGGGCGCCAUAUUUGAGGAUCCUGUCCAUGUGGUUGUUUAUAUCAUCUUCAUGUUGGGAUCAUGUGCAUUCUUUUCUAAGACGUGGAUAGAGGUGUCUGGUUCCUCAGCCAAAGAUGUAGCUAAACAGCUUAAAGAACAGCAAAUGGUAAUGAGGGGCCACAGGGAUACCUCUAUGGUUCAUGAGCUUAAUAGGUACAUCCCCACGGCGGCUGCGUUUGGGGGCUUGUGCAUCGGCGCCCUGUCGGUGUUGGCCGACUUCCUCGGGGCCAUUGGCUCGGGCACUGGAAUUCUGCUUGCAGUCACCAUUAUUUAUCAGUAUUUUGAAAUAUUUGUUAAGGAACAGGCCGAAGUUGGCGGGAUGGGUGCUUUGUUUUUCUAAAUGUUCCAGUAUUUCUUUUUGUGUGUGUGAAAGGGAAAAUAUUUUGACUCAUUGUUUUUGUCAGAUAAUGCUGGCUCCCCUUUUCUUCUCUCACAGUUUGUUUUCAAGUGUUGACCGUCUCAUUCCUGAAAUGGGCACGGAGCUAAGCCUGUGUGCAGCAUUAGUACCAGCUGCCUUAACACUAAAGUUUACAUUAUUCAUUAAAAAAACUACAUGCAGUGUUGCCUGUGAUGCUGGAAACCAAUGUACCUGCCUUGCCAUGUUCGGUUGUGACGGUGAGAUGGUGACGUGGAUCAGUUUUGCAUACAACAUUCAAGACACUCAGUAUUCCCCCCACUUGUUUAAAAAUAAAUGUAGUUCAAAUUGCCA